AGCUUCAGUACUCGUCCAAUCAACACACUCAAUUCAUUUCAACAUUCCAAAUCACUGCGCGCGCAUUAAUGAGGCGGUGGGACAUGGUAAUUAGAAGAUUGGACAGUUGGAGAUAGAAUGAAGAAGCUGAAUCUGAUGCUCAAAAGGUGCAAGACACUGUCUCGACAACUGGGCAGGACUUCGUCCUACAGUAGCCUGAGGUCCAAGUCCGCUAGAGAUCAUCAAGCUGAUGAUCAUAUGUGGGGUUCUGCCCACAUGGUACUGGCACAGGAUGAUCACGAAAAACGAGAUGCUAGCACAAAUCAUGAAGAUUGUGAAACAGUGGUAUUUGUUGGGAGUUCGAGAAGGCGAUUCCUGGUCAAGUCUAAGUACCUGAACCACCCAUUGUUGAAGGCUAUCAUUCAAAAAUCCAACGAGAAUCCAGCAGGUGAGGAUUUGUCUGUCAAAUGCGAGGUGGUUCUCUUUGAUCACCUCUUAUGGAUGCUUGACAAUGCCGAUCCAAAUCUCGCUUCCGACGCUCUGUCUUUGGAGGAACUUGCUGAUCUCUACGUGUUUUAGUUUUGAAAUUUGAGAUUAUUAUGAAUGUGUUGAUAUUGAACAAUUAUCAAUGCAUUUGGUCUGCCCUACAGAUGAUGAUAAAUUAGUCAUGCAUGUACCUAGAGGUUAAUUUGCCGCUGCUCCUCGUGAAAACUGAGAGCAUAAUUCGGUUACAUCACUUGUAAUUGUCUUUAUCUCUAUUGUCAUUGAAUUGAUGAUUCAAAGGAUCAAGAAAUCAAUAAAGACUCGCGAUUUUAUGUAA